GACCCUCCUGCGUUCAGUGCACUCUCUGAACAGCAGCGGCUCCAUUUUGUUUGAUUUGUGCGGUCACUGUCGGCAGCCUGCAAGGAAACACCACCAGGACCUCUUCAAAUAUACGGAGUCUUCCUCGACGUCCACAAUGAGCGGGUGUCGCAUCUUCAUCGGCCGCCUGAGCCCCUCGGCUCGGGAGAAGGACGUGGAGCGGUUCUUCAAAGGGUACGGCCGCAUCCGAGACAUCGACCUGAAGAGAGGCUUCGGCUUCGUGGAGUUUGACGACCCCAGAGACGCUGAAGAUGCUGUUUAUGAGCUCGAUGGCAAAGAGCUGUGCAGUGAAAGGGUGACUAUAGAGCACGCUCGUGUACGCCUGCGUGGCGGGCGUGGCAGAGGAAGUGGUGGUAGUAGUGGUGGCGGCGGCGGCGGCAGUGCAGGAGGACGUUUCUCUGAUCGUUAUGGACGGGGCUCCCAGAACAGUCGGAGCCGAAACCCUCCUCCGAUGCGCACGGAGAACCGCCUCAUCGUAGAGAACUUGUCCUCUCGAGUGAGCUGGCAGGACCUGAAAGAUUUCAUGAGACAAGCUGGAGAGGUGACAUUUGCAGACGCACACCGGCCCAAACUCAACGAAGGGGUCGUUGAGUUUGCUUCUGGCAGCGAUCUGAAAAAUGCCAUGGACAAACUGUCUGGAAAGGAAAUCAAUGGCAGGAAAAUCAAGCUCAUUGAGGCAACCAGGAAGAGGUCCAGAAGUCGUUCCCGGUCCGACAGCUCCUCUCGCUCGCGGUCCCGUUCUCGCGGUCGCUCUCCAUCUCGCUCGCCCAGACGUUCCCGCAGCCCCGCCCACAAGCCCCACAACCGCUCUCGUUCCCGUUCCCGCUCCCGCUCUCGCUCUCGCUCCCGGUCUCGCUCCCGGUCUCGUUCCCGCUCUCGCUCGCAUUGCCGCUCUCGCUCCCGCUCCCGCUCCCCCAGCCUCUCCCCCGUCGGCGGCGGCGCCUCCUCUCCAAACUCCAAAUCCAAGGAGCCCCCCAAGCGGCUGUCCAAGACGAGCAAGUCGGGCACCCCGCCCGCCCAGAGAGCCUCCCUCUCCCGCUCCCGCUCCCGCUCUCGUUCCCGCUCUCGUUCUCGCUCCAUUGACAGCCAGCGCUAACCACUGCGUCCACGUUAAAUGGGAAUCAACAGUAGAAACAACUUGAUCCUGAAGGAUCCGGAGCUCCCAUGACGUCUCUUCUCCUGAACAGAGACGAGAGCUUUGCUCGAGUUUGUUUUUGCCCGUCUGGAUUAUCAAAAUGAUCCCGAAGCUUUUCACAGUUAAAACUCCAACACAUCGUCAGACAGGAACAAUUCUAUUCAUUCAUAUAUUUAAUUGCAAUUCUCGGGCGAUAAAAUCAAAUACCGUAAACGGAAGACAUUCGUGACUCAGUGAUGCUGUCCCCCCCCCCGCCGCCGCCAAUAUGUAUGUUGACACCCAGUUCGUCCUUCCAGCUCGGCUGCAGGUCCGGUUCUGCUGAACCGGCGUCGCGUUCCGCUGUAACUGGGCCUGUGAAGCUCGUAAACGCUCCACUCUGAAGAGGAAACCUGUUCUUUGCUCGGCAGUACGAGGCGUUGGAGAAGUCGUGUGACCACUUUCUUAACUUUCGUUUUGCUGAGAGUCGUUUGCGUGUUUUUGUUUGUCAGUUGGAGAACUUUUAAUCAAUUUCCACAUUUUUGUCCGUGGCCUCUUUUUUCCCGUAUUCUACCUGCUGUAGCGACGACAGCUGGCGCGCGUGUGAUAUCUAUACCUGAGGAUGCCUGCAUGUCAUUUUUUUUUUCUACAAAUUUAGAGCUGUAUUAUUGGCAUUGGCAGUAUCGAGAACACUACAGAUGUGCACAUUGGUCCAACAGUUAAACAUCUGUAAAGGAAAUGAACUGUUGAUGUGAUGGAUCUUACAUUUUCUUGCCGUUAACUUUUAUUUUGUUGGCGUAGAACUACUUCGAUGAGACGGUCAACGAUUACAUUUCAACACUUUUAAAAUGAUUUUUAAAGAACAGUUUAUUUCUUAGCAUUGUAAUUACAUUUUUUAUUUCAUUUGUUUUUUGGUUUAGGGUUUUGUGACUUUUGUUUUACAUCAGUGUAAAAUGUGAUUCCAAGAAUGCGUGUAGGUGCUGUGUCUGAUGUUACUGUGGUUUAAAUGAACGUGUAGACAAGGGUUUGAAAAAAAAAUGCAACAUUUUUGUACGUACGGAUUUUAUUUUCAGUGAAAAAUACGAUGGACGUUUCUAUGGCGUAGGAAUACGGAGGACUGAAACAAUAAAAACAAUUUUAACUAAA